AUGACCUCACCUUGUACGACUCCCGAGUUUGGAGACACACUUUUCGAGGACAUCUUGUGGCGUACAUCAACCGAUGUCGAGGCAUUAGAUUCCUUAUUCCUGGAAGGUGUAAACCCUGGUCCUAGUACUGACUUCGGCGUCGAUAAUGAGGUUCAUCCCGAAGACAACUCGAACGUUGAUACAGAGAAGCUCCUCUUGGCAUACCUCUCGUCCGAAUCUCUGGAUUCUGUCCCUAUCGAUGGACCCUCACGCAACACUUCAUCGCUUAGCCAGGAUGUUGAAUCAUUCCCGAAUACAAGUGGAUGGGAACUCGCCCCAAUUCUACCGUCGCAAACACCUGACAUCACAUCUUUGUUCACUCCUGAUUGGUUCGAGACAGAGCAACAGAUACACCCUAUCGCCUCUUCAUCGUACCUCGAAACCGUCACAUCCUACGAUUCUUUGACGUUGACGACUUCCACAUCAAGCCUGUCCAAUCUCCCCCCUUCCCAUGCCACCCCCUCAUCAUCAAAUUCUACAGAUCUCGAGGCAGAACCAUCCAGUUUCUCGACAGAAGAUGCCCGGUGGGCUGCAGUCCUCUCCCGCGACCAUCUCGCAAAUAACCACUUCCUCUACUGCGUACUCUCCACUUCCAUAUUCUGUCGUCCAACAUGCCCCUCCAGGCGACCCUCCCGGGAUAACGUCGCGUUCGUGCUUACGCCUCUACAAGCUCAUGCUCUGGGAUGUCGGCCAUGUAAGAGGUGCGAUCCGGAAGGUGGAGCAGAUCCUACGGUCAAAAGGCAAGAGGAGAUCGUGGAUAAACUGAAGGUUGCACUUCUCAGAGAGGCGCCGACCAGUAGUGAUGGCGGAAGAAUGAGGGAGGUCGGAGCAGGGGAUAGUAGAGUUACGGUGAAGAAGGUCGCUGAGGAAAUUGGGGUUAGCAUGUGGCAUUUGAAUCGGUUGUUCAAGAAGAUCGUGGGGUGCCCUCCACAAACUUGGGCCCGGGAUCAAAAGAAGACGAAGAAGAAAGUCGUUCGAUAG